AUGAGCAAGCCACUACCCGUUAGCUCUGUUAACGUUCAGGCCGCAGACUUCGUAUUACGAUAUUACGCUUACUUGACCAAGCUUACAUACAUCCCACAGGCGGAUGGACUGCUCUCCCAGGAACUUGCUACUCCUAGGAAACUCAAGGUCGGCAGACCGUUCGGCAUGAGACCAUUCCUCAGCUGCGGAAACCACGAUGUAUACGCAUUGCAUUCUGAACGUCCAAGGCCGAAUAAGACGGUACCCAAGUUGUAUGAACUGACUUUACUCAGUAUAUUACGCCCAUUCUAUAUUAUUGGUGUCGAAUGGGUGAAGAAGAAUGCGCUUCAAGCUUCAUCCUCAGUUGAGAAGGGGCAAAACUUAGCCAAGUCAUUAAUACUUCCAUAUCGAAGUGGGGUUGUCCUGAAUUCGUCCAACCCUUGCUAUCAGAAGUUCUGUGGAAGUAUAUACGUGCCCGCGGGGCAAGCCAUACUGGGUGGCGUUCCGAUGGCCAUGCUCAUCAUUAGCCUUCUGUACACGUCUUUGUGUCAUCAGAUACAGUGCCUUGCUAUAUCCAUGAGCUCCAGUGAAGGAUUCGACGCUAGAACUGCAUCAACAGACACCUAUUCUUUACGAUGA